AGAGGUAAACAAAGACCACAAGGUCCACAACUUCAAUUAUUCUCUCCCCAAAAACAAUCUCUCUCCCUUCUUGAUCUCCUCCAUCAUAGCCCUUUUACGGUUCACCGGGAAACCACCUCAUAAUGCCUGAUUCCGGUGGUGGUGGUUGCGGUAGGUGCUGUUGUAACUUCAUAUUCACUUUAGGGCUAACAGCUCUUUUUAUGUGGCUCAGCUUGCGUACUUCAUCACCCAAUUGUCUACUUAGCAAAUUUUACCUUCCUCUUGACCAAACCUCAAACUCUUCAAACCUUACAUCCCUUGAGUUUGAACUUACACUUAAAAACACCAACAAAGACAAGGGUGUGUACUAUGAUCCAAUAAAUGUCACAUUUUACACUCCAAAUAGGUCCCACGUUAUUGGGAAUUUCACUAUAACAAAGUUUUAUCAGGGGCAUAAAAAGAGUGCUAGAAAGAAUGGCACCAUAUCAAAUAUUGACAGGGAUGUGGUUUCCCAGGCAGCUCCGGCAAAUGGGUCGAUGGCGCUUUUCCCGGUGGAUUUGGCUACUUCAGUGAGGUACAAGAUUCUUAUGUUCAAGACCAAGAGGUAUAAGAUAAGGGUGGAGGCUAAUGUGGAAGUCAUUGCUACCAUUAUUAAAGUCAACCACAAAGACAUAAAGCUCAAGUCUAAUGCAGAUAAGAUUAGGAGCUAUUGUGGGCAAAUGGGAUUUUUUUUUGCUAACCUUUUGGUUUUAGGUUUGCUUAUUUUUUGAUGAAUCUAGAUGGCAUUGUUUCUUGUAGUAUGUCUGAAUUUUGGUAUGUUUGAGUUUUGGGAUGAUUUGUUUUUUUUGGUAUCUUUAUUUUCUGGAAAAUUCUUGUUCUUUUACUAACAGAUUGUAUCUGAAGUUUAUACAUGGAAGUUACGAUAUAUACAUUUUCUUCUUUUAGAGAA